AUGAAGUCCUUGGAUGUCAGGAUGGAUGGACAAAGAAGAAGAAGAAGAGAAGAUCAGAGAAGUGCUGCAGUCAGAGGACAGUGGGCCAGUAAAACAGAAUAUAUUCUGGUUGUUGCAGGAAAUGUGGUCGGCCUGGGCAACGUGUGGAGAUUUCCUUACCUCUGCUACAAGAACGGUGGAGGGGCCUUUCUGGUGCCGUAUAGUCUGUUAGCUGUGGUGUGUGGGAUACCUCUGUUCCUGUUGGAGACUUCACUUGGUCAGUUCACCCAGGAAGGAUUCAUCACCUGUUGGGGGAAGUUGUGUCCACUGGCACAGGGAAUUGGAUAUGGAUGUUUCAUGAUGAAACUUUACGACUUCAGCUACAUUUUAGUCCAAGUCUGGGCUCUCUUCUACCUGGUGUUCUCAUGUAGAUCCCAGCUGCCCUGGGCCAGCUGUGACAACACCUGGAACACGGCUAACUGCCUUGGUCUUCAGACUUUUAAUUCAUCUAAUGUGACUGCAAAGCGGACCAACACCACCUCUGCUGCAACCGAGUUCUGGGAACGGCGUGUGCUGGGCGUGUCUGGAGGCAUUGAGGAGCUGGGCAGUGUGAGAUGGGAGCUGGCUUUGUGUCUUCUGGCCUGCUGGGUGAUCUGCUACUUAAGCAUCUGGAAAGGUGUCAGAUCUUCUGGAAAGGUGGCGUAUUUCACAGCUACAUUCCCCUAUGUGAUGCUCCUGGUCCUACUCAUCAGGGGCCUGACUCUACCGGGAGCUUGGGACGGGAUCUACUUUUACCUGUAUCCAGAUCUGAACCGCCUGGCUAACCUUGAGGUCUGGCUAGAGGCAGGAUCCCAAAUAUUCUUCUCCUACAGCUUGACUAUAGGGACUCUGAACGUUCUGGGCAGCUAUAAUAACUACAACAACAAUUGUUACAAGGACUGCUUUUGGCUCUGUCUGCUGAACAGUGGGACCAGUUUUGUUGCUGGAUUUGUCGUCUUCUCUGUACUUGGAUUCAUGGCUCAGAAACAAGGUGUUAGUGUUGACACUGUGGCUGAGUCAGGUCCAGGUUUGGCCUUCAUUGCUUACCCUCAGGCAACAGCUCUGAUGCCUUUUCCACAGUUCUGGACUGUCUGCUUCUUCCUGAUGCUCAUUCUGCUGACUGUCGACACGCAUUUUGUGACAGUAGAGUGUGUUAUCACCUCUGUAAGCGACUUGUUUCCGAAGCUGUUACGUGCAUCACUGAAGCACGAGAUCUUUGUCCUUGUCAUCUGUUCGUCCUUCUUCCUCAUGCACCUGACCCUGGUGACUGAGGGGGGAAUUUACAUAUUCCAGCUAAUUGAUUAUUACGGUUGUACCAGAGCCUGUCACUAUUUUAUGGCUGUAUGUCAAUGCCUGGCUUUGGGAUGGAUUUAUGGUGCUGACCGCAUAUUUAACAUCAUUAAGGACAUGACAGGACAGAGACCAUCAGUUUUCUUCAAACUAUGCUGGAAUUACAUCGUCCCUCUGCUGUCACUGAGUUCCUUUAUCCUGUACCUGGUUGAUUACCAAAACAUAAGGAUCAAUGACUGGUACGUUUACCCUGACUGGGCAUACGCACUAGGAUGGGUCAUGACCCUCUCCUCUGUUCUCAUGGUGCCACUGUGGGCAGCUGGACAGAUGUGUUUGACAGCAGGAACCUUCAGACAGCGUUUGUCCAUUCUUUGUCGUCCUGCCAACGAUGCAGCUUUGCAGAAGGAAAGCGAAAAACUGAAAGAGGAGGAGGGGAUGGUCGAACUCAGGGCGUCUGCAGUGACGUCUGAACUGCAAAGUUCCAUUAACUAGACAUCACAGCGCUCAUAUGAGCUUCUUGCAAUAAAUGUCGUGUAACUCCGAGAUUUCAGUGAUACUAAGCUCACAUUACUGCGUAAAUGACAAAAUGAAUGAAUUAUUUUUUUUGAUGAAUAGGCCAUUUAUCAA